UUGAACGGUAGUGUAUAUACUGUUCAAGAAUUAUUGAAUUUAAUAUAGGGCUUUGCAACACAUUAUGUAAUAAGUGUCUACUGAAAUGUUUAGUGAAAUAUACAGGACAGGAGGAAUUAACAACAACUUCAAGUGUGUUUGAUAUUCAAAACUACAAACUAUUUCACUAAUGACGUUUGUUUACAUCUUGCCGUUAAAUGGUCUUCAUAAACACAACAUUUCUUAGGAGGAACAAAAAAGGUGUAUUUAAAUGCAUAACAGACAUAAAUAACCCUUUGAGGAUAAAUAUUUGGAUAAUACAUUUACGUCAUUUAGUAGACGCUCUUAUCCAGAGCGACUUAGUGAGUGCAUACAUUUUCAUACUGUAGGAGAAUCUUGCAACAAUGUAUCCUUCCUCCUCGUUGUAACUAACAUUCGAUACAUUUCAAAAUGUCGAGCACAAUGUUGCAUAUUGACUUCAAUGAAUAGAUUCAUUGUAAUUAUGUAAACCUUCAGAGUAGAGUUUCUGCUACCCAGAAUGCUGGUGUGUUUUAGAGGAAGUUGUAUGCGCUUACGUUGAAAAAGAGGGGCAGAGCUGUAUUGAAUAGGAUAACAGUUCAGGCAGACGUAAGGAGAAGGACAGACCGAAGAGACGAGACUCCAGCACAGUAUGGCAGAGAGAAGGACAACUGUCAGGGAGAAGAUCCCGAUAAAAUACAAAAAUCAGCAAGUAAUGCGGCGGCCGCGCGGGUAGAAGACAAGGGAUGGCGCCCGCCUCACAUAUGGGAACCAUUGAAGAUAGAAAAAUGGGCUGAAAGAAGAAUACCAAUGUUUUGAUAUUUGAAAAAAUUUUGUCAUCCGGACGAUCCACCAAAUUGAUGACUAGGGGGAUUGGAAUGACCAAGACUUAAUCAAGGCAUGAACUGUGCCAUUCCCUCCCAAUGAAAUAAGAAGACAGCUAUGUGAUCCUCCAAAAACUAACUUUGUCACCUGCUGGUCAAGAACUGACAUCUUGAGUCGGAACCUGCCCCUUGUUUAUCUUGGUUCAUGUGAAUGUGUAAUCCAUUUUGAGAAAAAAAUGUUUUUAUUCACAUACCACAUGCCGAUUUUGUGAUUUCAUCUCUUCCUUGGUGAAUCUCUGCUGGUCAUGUGUGGAAGUUUUGGAGGCAGGGUGCAUGCAGAUGAAGCACAUUUUAGCAUAUUUUGUGCAGUUUAACUCAUGCAUGAUUACUAUUGUUGUAGUUUUGUGCUUCGUUUACAAAUCAAGCUGCAAUAGUUUAGAUACAACCGUAAUGGUUCAGCAAUGUCAGUUGUCCAAAAGUGUUGGAAAAGGAACUUUGCAGGAUUAUGAGAUUAACUCAUGCCAACGUGUGCUCAAUUUGAUUCCUGUGGACCCCCUAAUGGACAGUUUAAGUAGUUUUGCCAAGCCUGACAGCAAAAUAAUAAUAAACCGUAUCAAGUUAAUGUUACCAAUUUAUUUUAUAUCUAAAGAACAUGGUGUAAUCACAGAAGUAGAUCUAAUGUCACCAAUGUAUUUUAUAUCUAAAGAACAUGGUGUAUUCCCAGAAGUAGAUCACAAACCAUGGCACGGGUUGCAUAAUUCGUUUUUAAAAUCGGAUACUUUUCAAAGAAAUAACUCAUUUACAUGAUCCACAUUCAAAUAUAAGUUAUACUGAACUGUGAUACGUUUCGAUUAACAGGCGUGUUAGAACAUUCCAUUUGCUUAGCUUUUACUUGUGCAUGCAAUUUUGUUGUAUUUCCUGUUUUGUCUUUGUUGCUGUUUCCAAUUAUUCAGCUGUAAAAUGUGUUGAAUGGUUGCUAUUAAAUUGCAUAAUGCUGCAUUCAUGUGCGCUCUGAAUGAUCGGAAAUUCAAGAUUGGGAUAUAUCUGUAAAGCUCCCGGAAUCGCCGUAAUUACGAGUUUCCGACAUCCAAAACCGAUCACAAUAAGCUCCCAAGUAGGAAAUAUUAGUUGUACUCCCGAGUUUCCCGGUUCAGAUAGUUUUGAGUUUCCUACUUCUGGGGAGCAGUUGAACGAAGCAUACAAAUAUUUGACAUCCAUGUCAUCGUUAAAACACUAUCGCGAGAAUCCGCCUUUAGUAAAGGGUUUAACCAAUUUUUUUGUUUUGUUGUGGAAAUUUGAACAGAACGCUUGCAUUACUUUUAGUAUUCCAUAUAAAUAUUUAUUCACUUCAUUGUCUUACGUUCAUGUUUGAAAAGCAUGAGCAUCUCUGUUCGUGUUUUAAAAGCGAUAAAUUGCACUAGUAAAAGGGCACACAAUGCCAUUUGGGCAAAUGGGGCAGAAUGCUGAAAUAUUUACAUUUUGUCCGAUCAGUUUGCAAAUUACCUGUUUAUAUGUAUGGGGAUUAAGGAUUCAGACAUUUAUUAUUUUUUUCUUCGAUUAAUUGCGAUAUUUGUCAUCGCAUACUGCAGUAAUACAGACAUUUUAACUUCUGGGUUUCAUUACCAACUAGACUUUUAGCUAGCUAUUCAGUAUUGGAAUCUUUUGUGCCGUUAUUGAAGCUAUUUUUGCCGGAAAAUUCCAACUGAUGGGUUUGGACAAAAGUUCAUUCUUAAAUGUAAUUGGGUUUUUUGACUCAUUUCCUCUUUAUUUCUUAAUUCCAUUAAAGACCCCAUUCUACUGGACAUUGAAGUGGAGACAACUGCUUUGUCAUCAAGAUGGCGAAUGUGAUUUGGGAGCUAAUUGGAUUUUUGAAACGCUGACUGCUUGGAUUUUUCUGGAUUUUAUUUGACUGGAAAAGAUGCAUCAAUUGCAAUUACUUAAACUUUUACAUGGACUCUUGUACUUUGGAUGUGCUGGGGAUUAUUUGGACUCAAUUGUUUGAAUAGGCCAUUGUAAUAGUUGCUUUUACUGCAUUCAAUUACAGAGUACUUUUCUACUUCUGUGAUUUCCUAAUGUGCUGUUAUUUAUAUUAAAUAAAAAUGUUUUUCACUAUUCUGACUCUUUGAUUGAUCAAUAUGCUACCCAAGAUUGUUACGAGACUAUAUUGUCUAUUCGCUAAAUGUGAAAAUUCUAAGUACAAACUUUGAAUCAAUUUUACGAAAAUGUAAUGAAGUUUCUGGUAUUUUCUGGGGCUGCUGAAUGCCUCCUGUUACUGGAAGGUAUGAUAUAUUUGCCUUGUAAAGGAAUACAAUGUUAAAUUACAUAAAUAGUGCUAGCUAGUAAGUACUAGCUUUACGUAGGAUCGAGGGAUAUGGUAGAAGGUAAAUGCAAGUGUAACAGUUUACGCAACUUUUUAUUUCGGAAUCUUCACACACCUAUUACGCUAAAAUUUUUUGCUUAAGUUUUUCGUUACUUGUCUCCAUCUCGAGCAAUACUUGGCAACCUACCUUUUUUGUACCACUACAUCCCUGGUGGGAUAAUAUCAUUUCAAGUUUAUUACAUCAUACACUUUUGGUACAACUUAUACACUUUAGGUAGGACUUCUGUCCACAAAAUCUGACUUUCGUGAUUAGCAACACACACAAAAAUACUGAAGUCAAGUUAAAGGGUAUGGCGAAGUGGCUGGCUAAUCCAUACUAUUAAUUCAACCAAUAAGAGUUAUACAUUGCAGUUCUACAUAGCGCUACAUAAUACAAAGAGUUAAAACAGCUUUUGGCAAGAACUGAAAUGGUCCAAGGUUCUUUGCCUCUAAAAUGGCUCCUAAAGUCUUAUUUCCUGUCUGAACAGGAAGUGAUGGGUCUCAGUGUUUUUAAAAUAUAUUUUUAAUAAUGUUGUUCAACUUCAAACCUCUGUUUCAACAUGGAUCUGACUUUGGCAAAGGCUAUCCUCUUGAAGUGAAGCAAAGUUUUUAAAAAGUUUUUAAAAUAAAAAUGUAAUAAAGUUAUGCCGUUUUUAUACAAAAUAAAGGGGGUGGGACUUUGGGACAUCACCUGAGUGUGGGGUAAAUAGAAAUAACGUCAAUCAAAGGCAAAGCUUUCAGAGCUAGGAAGGAGCUCUAGAUGGCGGAUGAGCCUUGGGAAGGGGAACAAUUAACUGGGCUUUCGUCAGUCCUUUUCUUUUUCAUGACAUCAAGCUGGAAUAUGGCGCUCUAUUAAUAUUUUUUUUACUUAAAAUAACAAUUAUUACUAUAGUGAACAGUAGAUUAGGUUUUCUGCGGUAUUUAAUGCGUUUUUCGUCGUGUAGAUCCGUUAUGCAGCGUGUGUGCGCGAGUCGUUGUUUUCUCUGCCUAGGUUUGGCAGCCAUGGCGCCCCUCCAUUUUUAGUGUGCUCUGUGAAGAGCUAUAGCCUGUCGUCUCACUAUCACUUUUGUUGUCUUCAUUAUCCUAUUGUCAACAUUUAGUUUUUCGUGCCUAAUGUUUAUUUUCAUUCAACCUUUUUAUAUGCCAUUUAUUUUCAUUUUAAUGUCAUAAGUAUUAAAUAGUCUGUACUUUUGCGGAUGUGAAUCUAACUUCAUUAUACCUUCCUGUACAUGGAAUAGGUAUGUUAGCGUUUUAUAAUACCUAAGUUGCCUACAAUCGGUUGUUAUUUUAUCACAUUUUAGUCGUCCUUUGUCUGAUGACGCAGUUAGAAUUCGUGCAUGUGGCUCGAUCGGUGAAUCUAAUUGAAAUACACUAAACACUUGGCUUUUUUAUAACAUAAUGUCAUCAGUUGUUAUUUAUAAAUCGACAAUGUAUAUAUUAAUAUAAAUGCCAGUUUUAAACGUCCGACACAAUGCUGUUGUCUGUUAUUUCAUAACGUCAACGCUUUUACUGUCUUCUGAGCAAAAACAAUCUUAUGGGACUUUUAUGAUAGUUCAUCCCUCUUCUAACUUUUGACAGUAAAUACCAGGACAUAAGAUCAUCAAAUCAAACGUUUUCAAGAUAAAACGACGAUGAAGAAUAAGAAUAAAAAGCAAGAAAAUGAAGGUUCGACUCAAAGCAACGCAUCAAGCAAUUCGGCCUCAGAAGACUCGAACCACUCUGGGUCGGAGUCUGGGAGUCAGUCGGAGAGUGAACAGGGCAGGGAGAGGAGAAGAUCGCACCACUCUGGAGAGUCCAACAGUUCCUCUGAAUCUGGGAGCCAGUCCGGGUCUCAGAGUGAAUCCCAGCAGGCCUUAGCAGAGGUCAACGACAAACCACCAGUUAAAAAGAAAGACAAUCUGGCAGAUGUAAAGAAGAUGUGGGAAGAGCAUCCAGAUGUCUAUGGGGUCAGGCGAUCAAAUCGCAGUAGGCAAGAACCUGCUCGUCUCAAUAUUGGAGCUGGGGGUAGCAGUGACUCAGAAGGUGAAUGUCCUAAAAGAAAAGUACCACGACAAAAGAAGAAAGAAAAUACCUGGAAAGGUGAUGACUCGGAUGAUGAUGAUGAUGAUGAUGAUGAGGAGGAGGAGGAGCAGGAAGAUGAUGAUGCCAGCAGUGCAGACAGUGAGCAUGAAGAGAAAAAAGUUAGAUCCAGACGACUUCCUGCUAGAAGACCACAGACCAAAUCAUCUACAAUCAAAAAACAGCAGCCUCCGAAGGGAAGGAAAACCAGGAAACAAGAGUCAUCUGUGGAGGAAGAUGAUGAUGACGACGAUGAUGAAGAUACCCCAAAGAGACAAACCCGGCGAAGGCUGGCUGCCAAAGUCAGUUACAAGGAGGACCAGAAUGACUUUGAGACGGAUUCUGACGACCUGAUAGAGAUGGAGGGAGCUGAGGUAGAGCCGGAAGAUGACAGUGAGACCAUUGAGAAGAUCAUGGACACCAGAACAGGCAAAAAAGGAGCCUGUGGUGCUUCCACUACCCAGUAUGCUGUGGAGGAAAAUGGGGAUCCAGGAGCAGACUUUGACCCUGAGAAGGAUGAAGGAGAGACCCAUUACCUGAUCAAGUGGAAAGGCUGGUCCUAUAUCCACAACACCUGGGAGAGCAUCGACUCCCUCCCUCAACAGAAGGUCAAGGGACUCAAGAAACUAGAGAACUUCAAGAAGAAAAACAGUGAGCUCAAUGCUUGGUUGAACAAAGCAUCCCCUGAGGAUUCAGAAUACUACAACUGCCAACAAGAGCUAACCACUGACUUAAAUAAGCAGUUCCACAUUUUGGAAAGAGUCAUUGCGACUAAAACCGGGAAGACACAGGGACCCUCUGAUUUCCCCUCUCACAGCCACAAGAAUGCGUCGUCGUCCAAUGAGCCUGAGUACCUGUGUAAGUGGAUGGGCCUGCCCUAUUCAGAGUGCAGCUGGGAGGAUGGAGCUCUGCUGGGGAAGAAGUUCCAGCACUGUAUAGACAGCUUCACCAACAGGAACUCCAGCAAAACAGUUCCCUCCAAAGACUGCAAAGUGAGUGAGGUGUUGAAACAGAGGCCCAGAUUUGUUGCACUAAAGAAGCAGCCAUCGUACAUUGGGGAUGAGAACCUGCAGCUGAGAGAUUACCAGCUAGAUGGACUGAACUGGCUGGCUCACUCUUGGUGCAGGUGCAAUAGUGUGAUCCUGGCUGAUGAGAUGGGUCUGGGGAAAACCAUCCAGACCAUCUCGUUCCUGUCCUACAUGUUCCACCAGCACCAGCUGUAUGGGCCCUCCCUGGUGGUGGUGCCCCUGUCCACCCUCACCUCCUGGCAGAGAGAGUUUGACACCUGGGCCCCCGACAUGAACGUGGUGGUCUACCUGGGAGAUGUGAUGAGCAGAAAAUCGAUCCGUGACUAUGAGUGGGUAUGCCAUCAGACAAAGAGAAUAAAGUUCAAUGCACUUAUAACCACGUAUGAAAUUCUACUGAAAGACAAGGCAGUGUUGGGGAACAUAAACUGGGCCUUCCUGGGUGUGGACGAAGCUCACAGGCUGAAGAAUGACGACUCCCUGUUGUACAAAACCCUGAUCGAGUUCCGGUCCAACCACAGACUUCUAAUCACAGGGACGCCACUGCAGAACUCUCUCAAAGAGCUGUGGUCCCUUCUGCACUUCCUCAUGCCUGACAAGUUUGAGAAUUGGGAAGAUUUUGAAAGCGAGCAUGGUAAAGGGACUGACAAUGGCUACCAGAGCCUCCACAAAGUCCUUGAGCCCUUCCUCCUGAGGCGUGUCAAGAAGGAUGUGGAGAAAUCCCUGCCUGCUAAGGUAGAACAGAUCCUUCGUGUGGACAUGUCCGCCGUGCAGAAGCAGUACUACAAGUGGAUUCUGACCAGGAACUUCAGAGCCCUGCAGAAAGGCACCCGAGGCAGCUCCUCUGGUUUCCUCAACAUCGUCAUGGAGCUAAAGAAGUGCACUAACCAUGGUUUCCUCAUCAAGCAGCCCGAGGAGGAGUGUGACACUCAACAGGAGCACCUGCAGGCGUUGGUGAGGGGCAGUGGGAAGCUGGUGCUACUGGACAAGCUGCUGACCAGACUUCGGGAGAGGGGCAACCGAGUCCUCAUCUUCUCCCAGAUGGUGCGGAUGUUGGACAUCCUGGCUGAGUACCUGGCCCUGAAGCGCUACCCAUUCCAGCGCCUGGACGGUUCCAUAAAGGGAGAAAUACGAAAACAGGCACUUGACCACUUUAAUGCUGAAGGCUCUGAGGACUUCUGUUUUCUGCUAUCCACCAGGGCUGGAGGGCUGGGGAUCAACCUGGCAUCUGCAGACACUGUGGUCAUCUUUGACUCUGACUGGAAUCCUCAGAACGACCUGCAGGCUCAGGCCAGGGCUCACAGGAUUGGCCAGAAGAAACAGGUGAAUAUCUAUCGCUUGGUCACAAAAGGAUCUGUGGAGGAAGACAUUAUUGAGAGAGCCAAGAAGAAGAUGGUUUUGGACCAUCUUGUUAUUCAGAGAAUGGACACCACUGGUCGAACUGUACUGGAUAACAACUCUGGAAAUUCUAAUUCCAACCCAUUCAACAAAGAUGAGUUGACUGCCAUCCUGAAGUUUGGAGCUGAAGAUCUUUUCAAAGAGGCAGAGGGAGAGGAGACUGAACCUACGGAGAUGGAUAUUGAUGAGAUCUUGCGGUUGGCUGAAACCAGAGAAAGCGACCAGGGAUCAAGUGCCACAGAUGAGCUUCUCUCUCAGUUCAAGGUGGCCAACUUCUCCAACAUGGAGGAGAGUGCUCCAGACCUGGUGGAGCGGACGGUGCCUGACUGGGACGACAUCAUCCCUGAGGACCAGAGGCGGAAGCUGGAGGAGGAGCAGAAGCAGAAGGAGAUGGAGGACGUCUACAUGCUGCCCAGGAGCAGGAGCUCCAAUAAAAGGGCCCAGGCCAACGACAGUGACAGUGACGUUGGCUCCAAGCUGAAGCACCGCUCUUCAGGCUCUGAGAGCGAGACUGACGACAGCGGUGAUGACAAGAAGCCAAAGAGGAGAGGCAGGCCCAGAGCCCGCAAGAACAACGUGGAGGGUUUCACUGAUGCAGAGAUCCGCAGGUUUAUCAAGGCUUACAAGAAAUUUGGAGCUCCGCUUGAAAGGCUAGAGUGCAUUGCCCGGGACUCUGAGCUGGUGGAAAAAUCUCAGGCAGACCUGAAGAGACUGGGAGAGCUGAUCCACAACAGUUGUGUGACGGCUGUCCAAGAGCACGAAGAGCACCUCAGAGAGAACCCCAGUGAAGCCAAAGGUCCUGGGAAGCGCAGAGGUAUAAACAUCAAGAUCUCAGGAGUGCAGGUCAAUGCCAAGUCCAUCAUUCAGCAUGAGGAGGAGUUUGAGCCACUGCACAAAGUUGUGCCAGCUAAUCCUGCUGAGAGAAACAAGUUCCAACUGACCUGCAGAGUGAAGGUGCCUCACUUUGACGUGGACUGGGAUCUGCAGGAUGACACUCAACUGUUGCUGGGGGUCUAUGAGCAUGGCUACGGCAACUGGGAUCUGAUGAAGACAGAUCCGGAUCUCAAACUUGCAGACAAGAUUCUCCCCGGUGACCCAGAAAAGAAACCCCAAGGGAAGCAGUUGCAGGGCAGAACAGACUACCUUCUGAAGAUGUUGAAGAAAGAAGUGGACAGUAACGAUGUCACUAAGGAGGAGGCCAAAGUGAGGAAGAGGAAGCCUCGGGUGAAGAAAGAGAACAAGGCCCCUAAAGAUGAGCAGGGCAAUGACAUCUCCUCCCCUCGCCUGUCAGACAACCCCUCCGAGGAAGGGGAGGUGAGGGAUGACGGGACAGAAAAAACUCCCACAAAGAAGAGACAGAAGAAGAAGGAUAACAAAGAGAACAAAGAAAAACAGGGAACUCCUAAAAAAGAGAAAGAGGUGGACAAAGACAAAAAACGUCCCAAGACAAAAAAAGAAAAGGCUAAAGGAGCCAAAGGGAAGAAGCCCCAGGGGCCGGUCCACAUUACUGCUGGGAGUGACCCUGUUCCCAUUGGAGAGGACGAUGACGAGCUGGACCAGGAGACCUUCAGCAUAUGUAAGGAGCGCAUGAGGCCGGUGAAGAAGGCCCUGAAACAGCUGGAUAAGCCUGACGAGGGCCUGUCUGUUCAGGAGCAGCUCCAACACACACGCACCUGCCUGCUGAAGAUAGGAGACCGCAUCACUGAGUGCCUUAAAGCCUACAGCGACCCAGAGCAUGUCAAAACAUGGCGUCGGAAUCUCUGGAUAUUUGUGUCCAAGUUCACGGAGUUCGGCGCGAGGAAGCUUCACAAGCUGUACAAGAUGGCUCAGAAGAAGCGGUCUCAGGAGGAGGAGAAGGAGCAUAGAAAAAAGGGGGAUGACCCGUCGGGCAGGAAGAAGCCUUUCAGAGCAGAGCCGUCAGGUUCCAGUCGAGACUCCACCAGCACCCAGCCAUCGUCUAAGUCUCAUCCAGGCAUGCCUCGCCCCUCUCCCACAUCCCCCCAUGGUCACCACAGAGAAGGCUACAACAAGUCCAACAACAGACACUUUGGAAAUGAUGAUCGAGGAGAUUGGCAGAGAGAUCGUAAAUACAACUACCCUGGAAAUAGCAACCAGUCCUGGCAAGGCGAGCGACAUCAUCCAUAUGAUGCCCAUCGGUAUAAGGACCAUCACUAUGGCGACCGUCGUCCACGUGAAGACUCCUACCGCAGCAGCUCUAGUAGUUACCGUAGCGGUAGCAGCAACUCCCCUCGGAAGAGGCCAUAUGACCAGUAUGACAACGACCAGGAUCACAGGGACCGGCGGGCAUAUUACGACAGACAUCCAGACGCGAAGCGGAGACGCGGCGAUGACUUCCGUCCUCCCCAAGACUUCAGGAGUGGAGGAGGCCAUCCCCAGGACUUCAGGGGGAGGAUGCUGGAGCAAAGGGGGCCGACAGGGCCAGAACACUUCACCCGGCCCUAUCCAGACAACAAACCCCCUCCCCUGCUGGACCCACGGUCCUCACAGGCUCAGAAGUCCCCCCAGGACUCACGCUCGCCAACCGCAGAGCGGACUGCAGAGCAGAAAGCAGCUGGGGCUGAUUUAAACUGGAACAACAGGAUGACAUGAGGCCUGUCACUGAAGGGAAAGGUGUUUUGUCCAGGUGAGGAACACUGUGGGAACUCCACAUGCUGCUGAAGGACAGGUCUGGGCUGGCUACUCACUGGUUCGCUUGGCCAGACAUACCCUCACAGUCGGAAACGGAAUUGACAAAUACUCUGUUUACCAGAAAACACCAAACUCUCCAAACCCCUCCCCCAGGUGUGACUGUGGUAACGACCUUUGUCUGUGCCCAUGUAGAAAAGAGUUCAGCAUCCUGAAAUAUGUAUCACACAAAGAAACGUUUUUUCUUUAGUUGAAAUGACAGAUGAUCAGUCAGUGUGAUUGCUGAGUCUGUAGAAUGCCUAUGGAUAGUUAGUCCCAUGGACUAUUAUGUGGGGAAAGAUUACGAUGCCGGAAAGGUUGAUGAUGUUGACUGAUCUGGAAACAUUAAAGUGUCUGAAGUAUUUGGCCUUUUAAAUGUUAGCGGUAUGGGAUUAUUCCCAAAUACUUUUAUUUUUUGUGUUUAGCUUUAUGCCAUUAUAAUAAUAAAAUGAAUGUUGAUCAUGAUGUCAUCCGUACCUUCAAAUGUUUAUUCAUCUUGACCUGGUUAUGAAACUAUCAUAAUUUCAUAGAGAGAUGCACCUUCUUCCCCAAAUCAAAAUAAGUGCAUCUUUCUGUCUAAAUUGAAGACGAAUAGGAAGUUAGUCAAGCCAGUACCAAGUUCUCAAAAUUACUAUUUAAAAUGUUUAAUGAGCAUUUGUCAUUAGUGUUGAUAAUCAUUCUUCUGUAAAGACAUUCAUCAUUGCCAUUUUCUUUUUUGUUUAUGAUAACCACUGACCCACUAAUAAGUUAAGGACCUAAUGAGAAGGACAUGUUAAUAAACAGUAUUUAAGGUAAUUCCUUGUGCAAAGCUUCAGAAGAACACUAUGACUAUGUUUAUGCGAUCCCUAACAACAUUUAUUUGUAGAUGUGCAAAGAAUUAGCCAUUUCAACCAUAUUUCUCUCUGUCUUAUGUAUGAAUGGUACUUUUGCAUCUUACAUUGCACUAUUAGUACUGCACUCUACCAGUUUAUUCCACCCAUAAAAGUAUUGAGCUAUGUUUGAGAAGACUCUGGAAAUCAUUUUUUCAUUUUUUUAUAGUUAAAAGGUUGUGUGAUUCCCAGCGACUGCAUAACCACUGGUAGAUUUUCUAAGGGACUCUUGAGUGUUUACGGAUGUGGUUAAUGACAAGCUGUUAUUGGUCAGUCUGUUUUAGUGCCAAACCAGAGACUGGCCCUGCUCUGGUUCUUCUGAUUGCUGGUGUUUUGGUGUGCUUCUCCAUUUGUGCCUUAUUUCUGUGUAUAUGUUCAUACUGUAUAUCCCACUGGACACAGAUGUCAAUUCAACUUAAUUUCAUUGAAAUGACGUGGAAACAACGUUGAUUCAACCAGUGUGUGUGCCAAGUGGGAUGGCUUCAUGGACAUUACUGUACUCUACUACAGAGAUGAUGCAGUAUUAAACAGUCAUGUUUUGAGAUUUUUCUCAAUGGAUUGUGUAAUGUGGCAUGCUUGUUAAGCGAAGACUGGUGGUGGGAACAAAAUGAUAUUGUUUGUCAUUUUCUUCUGCAACUCCCCAAAAGUUAUUUACACAGGUGAAUCAAUGUUAUGUCCUCUGUGGGCAGAUCUGUUACAAGGAAUAGCCAACCAACUCCACCUUCCUUUUCUCCACGCUACAGUCCCUGGACCUGUAUUCUUAAAAACAAGCCUAAAUAAUUUAUAUUUGUGAGAAAGCCACUCCACGUGAAAUGUACUGUCAAUAUGUUUAUAGACAUAUAUGUAUUAAACUUUCCUACAUUAUAAAACGUA